ACAGUAUUUUAAUCUUGCAGCUUAUUAGGAGGGGGGCUGUUGUUGUUGUUUUUUUUAGAAAAAGGGGAGGAGACAUCUACAAGAAGGGUCCAUGCAUAUUUUCUUUUCCCUUUAAUCCAAACCACUUCAUGUGUGAUGAGGUUUCACUUGUUGUGUGUCCUUUGUAAAUGUCGAAAGUACCUUUAUUACUUGAUAGCUGGCAUUUCUGUCAAUCGGCAACUGUAAGGGAGAGAAUGGACAGCUUGCUUCUCGAAGUUCAAACAGGCGACUUUUCUGAAAGCACAAAUGUUGUAACCAUUUUGUCUAAAUAAUGGCCAGAGCUUCCUUUGGUGCAGCAUUUCUUUUACUGACCUUCUACAGCAACCUGUCGUAUUCAUUGUCAGUUUUUAGGGGGAAAAAUGAGGCGAGCCAGUUUCUGAGCAUUCAUAAACGGGCUAACCAGUUUUUGGAGGAGUUUCGACCAGGAGAUCUGGAGAGAGAAUGCAUGGAAGAAAAGUGUUCUUUUGAGGAGGCAAAAGAGAUUUUCAAAUCACAGGAAAAAACGGUGGAGUUUUGGUUUGAUUACAAAGCAGAUUUAACUCCUUGUAAAGAAAACACCUGUAAAAAUGGUGGAGUCUGCAAGGUUAAAUACUAUAUGUAUUCCUGCACUUGUCCGCCAAGGUUUGGAGGGCAACACUGUGAAAUAGAGAAAAUGGAGUGCUGGUACAAGAAUGGUGGCUGCUUGCAAUAUUGCAAAGAUAUCGAACAAUCCCAUCACGUGACCUGCUCCUGUGCAUUAGGAUAUACACUAAGUGAUGAUGGGAAGACUUGUACACCAUCAGACCGUUUCCCCUGUGGGUUGCUUAAAAAAUUGACACGCUCCUAUGAGGAGGGAUCAACGGAAGACAACGGAACAAAUGCUUGGAGGUUGCCUAGCCUGAAUGAAACAAUAGCCCAAGAGAACCUGCCCACUUGGAACCAGACGUUAGUUCAGGCCUCCUUGUCAGAGCUGAACCAGACAACAGCACAAGGAGAGAUGGAGGAAGAAGGGGUUGAAGAGAUGUGGGGAAAUUUCACAGAAGAGGAUUUACAAAGCUGGCCAAACUUCAACUCUACUGAUGAAGGAGAUUAUACCAGAAUAGUUGGGGGCACUUUCUGUCACCCUGGAGAUUGUCCAUGGCAGGUAUUAAUCCAAACUAAAAGAGGAUAUGGUUUCUGUGGGGGCAGUUUAAUCAGCAGUCACUGGGUAGUAACAGCUGCACAUUGCCUUGAUACAGUUAUUCCACACCAGGUUACUGUAGGAGACUUUGACAAAUAUCAGAGAGAACGGCAUGAACAAAAGGUGGGCGUGCGACAAUUCUGGCGGCAUCCUCAGUAUGUUUCGAACAGUUAUAACAAUGACAUUGCUUUGCUCCGCCUGACCAGUGACGUCGUUUUCAGCCACCACGUAAUUCCUAUUUGCCUCCCCAACUCUAAUCUAGCGACUCUCCUGCUUGAAGGGAACAUCCAGGGAAUGGUCAGCGGAUGGGGUUUCACUCACACCAAGGGGAAGCUGACUCGCUUUCUCAUGAGGGUGAAGUUGCCUGUUGUGAGCAUGGAAACUUGCAGACAAUCAACGGAGAAAAUAAUUACGGACAACAUGUUUUGUGCAGGUUACUUUGAAGAAAGUCAAGAUGCCUGCAAAGGGGAUAGUGGGGGCCCGUUUGCUGUUCCUUAUCGUGGCACAUGGUAUCUCCUUGGGAUUGUCAGCUGGGGGGAAGGCUGUGCUGAAGUGGGAAAAUAUGGUGCCUACACACGAGUAUCCAAUUAUCUUUCAUGGAUAAAAGACGUUAUUGACAGUGUGGAUGAGGCUAGGUAAUUUCUACAGAUACUGAAAUGAAAGCUCUUCAAUAUAAAAUGUAGACAUUGCACAUUUGAUUCAUUUGUGCAGCAAAAAGUAUUUGGAUGCAAUUAGGCUGCAGGGCUGGUGCUUCACUGCUGCUGCUAAAUUCUCCUCCCAUCCCAAAAUAUUAUAUGAAAUGAUUUUUUUAUAUAAACACAGCGGAUGGUAAAAAGCUAGUUGCAGGUAGAAAUAGCUUUCUUUAGUGGAAUGUUCCCUUAAAGUUAGAAUAACUGCAGUUAUUAAUUUUUAGUUGCUUUGGUCUCUUAAAAAAAAACCCAUUGGGGAGAACCCAUAACAUCUUCUCUGACUGUGAGGCUGCUAGAAACAGCAGAGAAAUGGGGGAGGCUGUUGAGGAAGAAGGGAUUCCCCUGAAAUCAAUUGAUUUCUCCCUUCCCCUGGACUGCUGACUAGUCAUUUAACAGGAUUCUUCCACCACCACCGGCCUCCAUAUAGUACAGUACUUGCAAAGGAUUGCUGUGGGACAGAGAGGCUUGAGAAGUCUGCUUCCACCAACACAGUUGUCAUUAUGUCCUGAAAACUCACUUCUGACUCAUGGUGGCUUGUAGCAACUUUGCCCAUGUCUUGCAAACUAACUAAAGGCUGUGGAGUCAAUCCAUUUAAUGUUUUGCCUUCCUCUUUUCUUGCUGCCUUCAACCUCAGCCCUCCCAGUAGCCUGUCCUGCAAACGUGGGUCCAUCUAAAAUGGACCUGGGAUGUGAAACAGGGAAGAACAAAAAUGGAGCACAAGUGACCAGGCACUUUUUUCUCUCAUGCGCCUUAAUGUAAUGCUUCCAGGGGCUGGUUAAAUGGCUGUUUCCUCUUGAUAUAGUAAACUGUGGUUUAAUCUCUGACAGCAAGCCAAGAAGGCAGUCAGAAUUCUGAACCACCUUCGUAGUUUCAGAGAAAGAAAAUGGUGUAAUUAAUUGCAGAUGUGUUGCGUUAAUGCAUAAGAACAGGAAACAUUUGGGAACAAGGUAAACUAACGGUGGCUAAUCAGACUGAAUGUUGUGACUUGGACCUUGAUAGCGGAUACAAUUAGUUCACUAUUACAUUAAAUCCACCUGUUAGCAAGUCAAAUUCUAGAAAGCGUUUGAAUUUAAAAAUAUUUUUAAAUACUGCACAAUAUCCCCCACACCCUAACUUCCUAAACACAUGGCACAGCCAGCUAUUGUAAAGUGCUGCUCAAAUCUCAAUAUGGUGCUGGAAACAAAGUACAGUAAGAGGAAACUAAGUCAUUUUGCCUCAGAAACGUUAGGAGGAAAGUGUGAGUAUAAAAACUCCAAUUGUUAUUCUGUGGUUUAUGGAUGUUAUCACUUCUGUAUCAUUUAUAGCUAAGUCCUUGCUUUUUCUAGACCACAGUUCCAUGUUUUUCCUUAAAUAGCAGUUGUUUGGAAGUGAUUGGUAUUCUUUUGGCACCAAAGAAGUAUUUGAUGGGGGAUGCAGUCAGCUCUUUUCCUCUUCUACUGGCACUCAUUCAUCAGUCACUAAAUCCUGAUACAUGUUAAAAGCUUUAGUGGGUUUAUCAUAGGUUGGAUGAGACACUGAGGAAAUCCUUAUAUUUAUUAGAUCCAUAUAUAACAAUAAGGAAUGGGGCUGAGGGAAAAGAAGUGCUAGGAUUCUGUAAUCCUUAAAAAAAAAUCUUGAAAGUUAAUGUGUUACCUGGACUUUGUUCCUAAAGCAGCCUGUUCGUUCCCACACUUCAAAUCACCAGUCCACAGAUCAAGUAAAAGAACUCUACAGGACCUAAGCCUUGGGAAUAUGGUAACAAGGGGAAAUGUCUUUUGGUGAGGUGAGCUAAAAUCAUGAAGCAAUAUUCAUCCACCUGGCAUCCUGAGGUCGAAGACAUUCAUUUAAACAUAAAGGGUGUACACAUUUUGUGAAUGAGAUCUCCCCAGGAAACCUAUUGCGAGGCCGCGUCUUUGUCUUCCUGCUGUACUAUGACUCUACUUUAAUUCUGCAUCCAAGUUCGCGCUUUUAAGUUUUUCAUCUCCUUCUGUUAUGAACUGGACUAGACUGUCCCUCUAUCCAUCUCUCUUUUGUGGAGUUAUUGAACAUACAUAAAACACACCCUCUGACUAGAAGCGGCACACAGAAUAUUUCAACUGGUUGUUGUUUUACUUCACACAUGAUCACUGAUGUAGUCUGGCAAAACAAAGGAUUAUAUCCAGCAGCUUGUUCAAUUAUAAUAGUUACAAUGACUAAAAGGGACAGUGACAUCCCCUUGAUUCAGUUAAGUCCAUAAUGUCUAGGACUGGCAAUAGGAAUUAACUUAAAGGGGAACUUUUGCAGUUCAAUCCUACACAUGCUGAGCUUAAUUAUAAGAGUUUAAGGAACAAAUGUUUUCCUUCCUUAUAUGGAAAUCCUUAUUAAUUCUUAAUAAAUAUGUUUAUGAA